AUGAGUGCCAGAAACAGAUCCUGCUCUUCCUCCAUCCUCCAGGCAUGCAGUUCAUCAUCCUUUACUAGACAGCCUUCUCGUGUGUUGAUCAUAGAUGCAUCGCCGCCCUGGUGGUCAGAGACAUGCACUGUUCUGUGUCAGGCCCUGGAAGAUUUCUUUUUUCUGGCCAGUAGUCUGGCAGGACCUGUUCGUGUGCCACUGCUUAGCGUGUUUGCCAUCAGUGUACAGCUGGAGUGCCUUCUACCCUUUGUGCAAGUUAAGGGAAAUCUGACACGUUUGCUGUCCUGUGUAGAGGAGCUGCGUUCUCUGCCUCAGGAGGGCUGUGUUCGGCAACGGGGGGCACUCCUUAAACAGGCAGUGCUGGACAGCCUGCAGCAGUUUAAACAAUACAUGUGCCAUACAGCUCAUGGGGACAUCAAUAGCAACUGUGUGGAGGUGACUGUAUUAACCUGUCAGUCAGGACAGAUAGUCCUCAAACAGCUGGAGCAGGGUCUGAAAAACUCUGAUCUGAUGAGUCUGCGCAGGCUUCUGGUGGUCCACAUCACAUUACAGCAGAGUCUCUCAGACAGAUCUCUGGCCUGUAGCUUUGAGACACCAUCUUCAGAAGAUGACCAGGAAGAAAGUCUGAUGCUGGGGACAGAGAUGGAUCUCCAGCUGGUGGAGGGCACAGUUGUGGCCUUGGAGAGUGCUCUGAAAAUGUGGCUUCAUGACCAGGGUGGAGACAGAGAACAACUGCACUUGUUGUUACCCGCUUCUCUCACAGCACAGGGUUCUACACCACAUCCUGCCAACAACAGGCCAAGCCCAGUCUGUUUGAAGUGCGACAUGCAGGAGAGACUUCUCAGUCCAGCCCUGCUUCCCAGCAAUCCUGACCUUGGAGUGAAGACUGAGAGCACUCAAGAUUUCCAGCACCCAAACAAGAGUCUGGCCAACCCCUCGCCACAGCGCCUACGAGUUGUCAAAGUUCUUCAUGCCGAUGGAGUUUGUCAGUCUGUGCUGUAUGGACUACCGCUCGUCAUCAGACCAACCUCAUGCUGGCAGCUGGACUGGGAUGAAAUAGAAGCAAACCACCAGACAUUUCAUGCUCUCUGCCACAUACUUAAAACCCGUGACUGGUUCCUGUUGGUACGCUCAGAGCCAGGGUCAGGAUCAGGUUCUGGUGUGUUCUCCUACUAUGUACUUCAGUCCUCUGGUUCUCUCUCUCUGCUGUUGAAACCUGUGCUGACACGAGAACUGAUGCUCCCCUGCUGUCUGCCUGUCUCAAUGGAGGACCCACCACUUCCUGCACUCGCCACUGUGGAGAGCUCCCUAGAGCAGCUUGAGAAGGACCCUGUUUUUAACCCUCUCUGUCUGGACUCCAACCUUUACCUGCACCUGAGAUUUAGAGGUUUGCUCACCCGCACAUCACAACCAUUUGGAGCACAAGGCCAGGGCCGAGGCCAUCGCAGGGGUGCCAGUCGACCACCAGAGGGCUCCACACAGCGUCAGGGUCGGCAGUCUCAGAGCCGUGCGCGAGCCACUGUGGCCCCUCUGCCGUCCAUUCCUUUAAACAAGAUGCCUCGCCCUUCACUGAACCUCAGCCACUCCCGACCCUGUGCCCCUGCCCUCUUUUUCCAGGACAGCUAUGAGGAGGAAGACCCUCUGAUCAUUCAGUAAGGAGAGAGAGAGAGAGAGAGCGCAGAAUACUUUCACUGUGAGAGGAAAUCACACAUUCACUCUCACACUGACUAACAUUAACUGCUGUGCAAAGCCAGAAAUUCAGAGCAGUCGUUUCUAAACUCCCACAGACAGGAUGUUACAUACUUGCACAUGACCGGAUAUAUACUAUUACAUGUACUACUAAUUUGAAAUAU